GAUUUCCAGCGCGCAACUCUUAACUCUCUCUCCUAGGAUUUCAAUUUGUUUCUCCUAGAAUUACAGAGUACAGCUGUUUUUGAUUCCAAACCCUUAAAGAAUCGCCAGAACCCCUGUGAAAUUAGGGUUUUAUAAAAGAGAAUCAACCAUGUCGAAGCGCAAAUUCGGAUUCGAAGGGUUUGGGAUAAACCGUCAACCUACCUACAACUUCGAGAGAGCCCAAGCUCCUCAGCGACUCUACGUCCCUCCUUCCUCUCGCCACGGCCACGACAACUACGAAGACACUGACCUUGACAACAUCGAUUACGCCGAUAAUGAUACCUCCAGGGAAGCCGACAAGAAUAACCCCAACAACAAUGGAAAUGGAGCGGAAGAUGACGAAAUUGACCCUCUGGACGCGUUCAUGCAAGGUAUUCAGGAGGAUUUGAAAGCGCCGCCGCCUCCGAAACCGAAGGAGAAGGCGGAGAGGUAUAGAGAUGAUGAUGAGGAGGAUGAUCCGGUGGAGAGUUUUUUGAGGGCGAAGAAGGAUGUUGGGCUGACGUUGGCGGCGGAUGCUUUGCGUGCGGGGUAUGAUUCAGAUGAGGAGGUUUAUGCGGUGGCAAAGGCUGUGGAUGCGGGGUUGUUGGAGUAUGAUUCAGAUGAUAAUCCGGUGGUUGUGGACAAGAAGAAGAUAGAGCCGAUUCCGGCUCUUGAUCACAGUGUCAUUGAGUACGAGCCGUUUAAUAAAGAUUUUUAUGAGGAGAAGGCUUCAAUUUCAGGAAUGAGUGAGCAGGAAGUUGCUGAAUAUCGGAAGAGUUUGGCUAUUCGUGUUUCUGGUUUUGAUGUCCCAGGACCGGUGAAGACAUUUGAAGACUGUGGUUUUGCACCAGAAUUAAUGCGUGCUAUUGCAAAACAAGGGUAUGAAAAGCCUACCACCAUUCAGUGCCAAGCCUUACCUAUUGUCCUUUCAGGGAGGGAUAUUAUUGGUAUGGCAAAAACUGGUUCUGGUAAAACUGCUGCUUUUGUGCUUCCAAUGAUUGUUCACAUUAUGGAUCAGCCUGAACUUCAGAAAGAGGAGGGUCCGAUUGGAGUGAUAUGCGCACCUACUCGAGAAUUAGCACACCAAAUAUUCUUGGAAACAAAAAAAUUUGCAAAAGCCUAUGGGAUACGUGCCUCUGCUGUGUAUGGUGGAAUGUCCAAACUUGAUCAGUUCAGGGAACUCAAGGCAGGCUGUGAGAUAGUGGUUGCUACACCAGGUCGGUUGAUAGACAUGCUAAAAAUGAAGGCACUGUCAAUGAUGAGAGCAACUUAUUUGGUACUCGAUGAGGCUGAUCGAAUGUUUGACCUUGGAUUUGAACCACAAAUAAGGUCCAUUGUUGGCCAAAUCAGACCUGACCGACAGACCUCACUAUUUUCAGCAACAAUGCCCCGCAAAGUUGAGAAAUUGGCAAGGGAAAUUCUCACUGACCCAGUCAGAGUUACAGUUGGAGAAGUGGGAAUGGCUAAUGAGGAUAUCACCCAGCUUGUUCAUGUAAUUCCUUCUGAUUCUGAGAAGUUGCCCUGGCUUUUAGAGAAGCUACCUGGAAUGAUUGAUGAGGGUGAUGUUUUGGUGUUUGCUUCCAAGAAAGCUACUGUUGAUGAGAUUGAAUCACAGCUGUCUCAGAAGGGUUUUAAGGUUGCUGCCCUUCACGGUGACAAAGAUCAGGCUUCUAGAAUGGAAAUUCUACAAAAGUUUAAAUCUGGAAUCUACCAUGUUCUCAUUGCAACUGAUGUUGCUGCUCGUGGUCUUGACAUCAAGUCAAUUAAGUCAGUUGUGAACUUUGAUAUCGCAAAAGACAUGGACAUGCAUGUCCACCGUAUUGGUAGAACAGGUCGUGCUGGUGACAAAGAUGGCAUUGCAUAUACUCUGAUAACUCAGAAGGAGGCUCGGUUUGCUGGUGAAUUGGUUAAUAGUCUGAUUGCUGCUGGUCAGAAUGUCUCAAUGGAACUCAUGGAUCUUGCUAUGAAGGAUGGAAGAUUCAGGUCCAAGCGUGAUGCAAGAAAAGGAGGUGGGAAGAAAGGCAGAGGAAGGGGUGGUGGUGGGGGUGGUCGAGGUGUGCGUGGAGUUGAUUAUGGUCUGGGUAUUGGAUAUAAUCCAGAAUCCAGUAUUUCUUCAUCUCAGGCUGCCCAAAGUCGAACGGCAGCUGUAAAUUCUCUGAAAACUGGCAUGAUGGCACAAUUCAAGAGUAGCUUUGUUGCUGCUUCAUCAACCUCUCAGGGUCAAGGCUUCAGUAACAGUUCAAGCAUCAGGAGACCAACUUUGGCUGGAUUUGUAUCUGGUGGGACCAUCGGUGGAGAUACAAACAGGGCUCAGACUGCCAGUUCAUUGACCACUGCUCCUACAUCAGGAUUGAACACUUCACAAAAUACUGGACAAAACACCAGCCAGAAGAACUCAGAGAGUUCCAGAGAUAGACCUAGGGAAAGGCGGAGGCCCUCUGGGUGGGACCGUUAGUCUUUAGACAUUGAUGGAUGAUGCUUUUUACAUAAACAGGAAACUUUUGUGUUCAAAUCUUGAAUUAAUCUUGUCUGUAUAAUUAUCAUGAUUAGUAAGUCCUCUUUCUGCCUUUUGUUUAAUUCUAAAUUCUUUUUCUUUUCA